GAGAGAACCUACGCAGACACGGGGAGAACUUGCAAACUCCACACAGAAAGGCUGGGGCAACCGAAUGACAAAAACAAGCGAGAGAAAAUGAGCACUGGAAGAUUUCAAAGUGGUGGGAGAGACAAGUGCAGACUGCACAUGGUGACCUGGAAUGUGGCCACAGCGGAGCCUCCCAAAGACGUCACCUCUUUGCUACAACUGGAUGUCCAACCCCCCACAGACUUCUAUGUGAUUGGCCUGCAGGAGGUGAAUGCCGCCCCUGUGAGGUUCAUCUCUGACCUGUUAGUGGAGGACUCCUGGAGCCACGUCUUCAUGGACACACUGGCACCUAGAGGCUUCGUCAAGGUCACAUCUGUGAGGAUGCAGGGUUUGCUGCUGCUGGUUUUUGCCAAACAAAUUCAUCUCCCCUACAUCAGAAACAUCCAGACCACCUACACUCGCACUGGCAUUUUUGGAUACUGGGGUAAUAAAGGAGGAGUGUCUGUGCGUUUUUCCCUCUACGGCCACAUGGUGUGCUUCCUUAACUGCCACCUAGCAGCUCACAUGAACUAUGCUCUGCAGCGUGUUGAUGAGUUUGAGUACAUCCUGGAGGCACAAGACUUUGACAUCUCUGACACUCCACGUGUCCUGGACCACAAGGCGGUGUUCUGCUUUGGCGACCUGAACUUCCGUAUUGCAGACCACGGCUUGCACUUCCUUCGCUCAGCCAUCAACAGCGGACGCUUUAAUUUGCUGUGGAACAAAGACCAGCUCCUCACAAUGAAGAAGAAGGAGCCUUUCCUGCAGGAAUUUGAGGAAGGGCCAUUAAAUUUUAAACCCACCUACAAGUUUGACCGUAACUCUGAAACCUAUGAUACCAGCACUCUGAAGACAUGGUUGGGUUUUAAUGGCAAGAAGAGGAAACCGGCCUGGACGGAUCGGAUCCUCUGGCGCAUCAAACCUAAAACCCCACCAUCAGAGGAUGACGAUGAGAAGGCGUCAACUUCUGCUGAUGAUGGAGUGGAUGAGUAUCCACUCCUGGUCGCUCAGGAAAAAUACACCAGUGAGAUGAGCUACGGAGUCAGUGACCACAAGCCCGUCAUUGCAACCUUUAGUCUGGAGCUGAGAAAGUACUUUGACACACCCCUGGUGCACAUAUCUCAUGUGGGUGUAUGGAGCGCAGACCAGGAUGCAGUUCUUAACUACACCAUCCAAGAGGACUUCUUGUCCUCCACAUGGGACUGGAUUGGCCUGUACAAGGUGGGAUUCAAGAGUCCGUCCGAUUAUGAAACCUUUGUUUGGGUUAGAGAGGACGAGUUGCCAGAGACAAAUGAAGUCAUACAGAUUUCUGUGGAUAAGGAUGAGAUCCCUCUGCUAAGUGGACAGUAUGUCUUGGGUUACUACAGUACAAACAUGCAAAGCAUCAUUGGCCUCAGUGAUAACUUCCAGAUCCUGGAGUCGAAGCGUGCUGUCAUGGAAGGCCUUGUUCCUGAGAACAUCAAUGGGCUCAACAAAUAAGCAUAAAUUCAAUGCAGUGCCAAGUCUUAUUUCUCUCCCCUGGACAUUCAUACAGUAUUGAUUCAGACUUUCAAUUGCCUAAGAUCAAUUCCAUCCUCUUCUAGAUAAGAUGAAUCAGUUGUUAAAAAAUGGCCGCCACACUGUGCCAUCACAUGGACUGGAAACUGCAAAUUAUUGUGUCCAACUUUGCCUCUAAGGAGUUCACUUGAAGUCAGAUUCACUCUGGCUGGCAUAGUUUCUCUACAAAAAAGGUUUAGUGCUGUAAUGAGCAGCCAUCCAUCUUAUCCACAGGCAUUUUUUUGGCCUGUUUCGUUUCUGAAAGUAGUGGAUGUACACUGCUGGUCAAAACAGUCCUUGGUCAAGUUGAAUUUGAAAUAUAUUUAAUGUGUUUUGGUUUGGUCUACAUAAGUGCCAGUGCAGAGGGCUGUACAAUAAGUGUAGAUCUGCCAAUCAUCAGAAACUGUUGUAUAGAAAUUUCUAUGUUGAUGCAGGCUGUAAUACGUUAUCUACACUGUCUUAAUGCGGAAAGAUGCAUAUUGGUAAUUGAGUUUUUUAAUGUAUUGCUAUGAUUAUUUGCACCAGUCAUUUAUCCCAAGUGUGGAAUGGCAAAGAUGGGAGAAAGAUUUAAAAUAUAAUGUACACAUGAAUUCCUCCAAGAAUGUGGACUUCUACAGUCACAUAUUUCUUUAUAACAAAUAUGUUGAGAUCUAUAUGCGAUAAUCUAAAUGUAAUGUGUAUGGCGACAGACUUUAAGGUAAUGAACAGAAUCAUGACAAGAUUGUAUUUUCAAUUCACAUGGAUUUAAAGAUUUUCAUUAAUUAUGUAUCUAUCUUGCUGCAAACGUCUUAUCUGUAGUCAUAGAAAUGCAAUCCAGAAUACGUUUUAUGUUCCAAUCCAAAAAUGAUGAUUGUUGUUAUAGAAGUGUCAAACCUUCUGUGUGCGUGCGUGUGUCAUAGUGAAAUUGUGUAUAAAUGUUGAUUGACUGAUUGAUGGAGUGAUUAAGUGAACAAUGUCACAGCAACAGAACAAAAUCAGUUUGUAGGAUGUGUAUUGUGCAUUAUUUGUUUUAUUGUGGUAAUGAAAUAAUGUAUAAUAAGUACAAGUUGUUGGUUAGGGAAGUGCUGGAAAAUGCCUUUCAAGUUAAUCCCUGGCCACAGUGACUUCUUUUUAAAAAUUGCAAGCAGGACUUCUGUUUUCCUCUUGAUGAAAAUGUCUUAAACCCCAACUAAA